AUGGAAAGAGUCUCGACAUCCACUUCAGGUAAGUUAUUCAACAUGGAUUGUCUAUCUCCUGCUUCUUCUCUCAAAUUAAUAGCAGCCAACAAAAGAACUUUGAGAAUGAUAUCUAGUGCUUUCUUGAUUUUCACCCAAAUUGUGAUUUCUUCUUAUGAUAUGAUAGGAGCAUGCCUUGAUGUUGUAGCAAAAAGUCUCAACUCAAAGCUUUUGAAGUUUCAACUAGAUGGAUAUUCUUUGGAUCGAACCAUAUAUGUGAUAAGCAACUUACUUGAAGCAAAUGUAUUCAAGGGGUCCCACAAUGUGGUCAACCCUACAACUGUGAAGUCGUGGAAAAUACUAACUAUUCAAGAUUUGCUUUGUUUAAAAUGCAAUGAGCAACCUGCAGCCCUACAAUCGUUCCAAAUGAAACUACUAGUGCAACCGCUUGUAAACCAGGGAUGCGGGGACCAGUUCUAUUUUUCAUAUCCGAAGCGGGAAUGGGUCGGUGACGGACUGACAGGUGCUUGGAAUUAGACCUAAAGUUGGUUGCUGAUAUAGGAAUAGUGGGGUCUCCAAAUGCAGGAAAAAACAUGUUUUUAAGUGUUAUUAGUGUUGACAUGUAAUGUUGUUUGACAUUUAAUGUUAGGUAACUUGUUUGACAUGUGAUAUUUUUUUGAAAUGAAUUAUCUUUCUGAUGUAUGGUAUUUUAUUUUGUAUUAUGAUAAUUUCAAUA